GAAUAGACCUGAGUAUUUGUACCCAUCCACGCCCUGAGUGUGAGAAAGGGUUGAUGACACAGUCCUCAAGGGCAACCGUGCGGUUUUCCAAGAGCCCCUUACCCGUUUCACCGCCGCCACAGUGAGCCUUCUCAGCCCGGCUUGAACUCACCGGUGGCCCCUUUGAAUUUAUGGGAUACGCCUUUUAUUAUAAACUGUCUCCGGCGCGGUCCCCUGAUCACAGCUCCUGCCACCCACGCCUCAAGAAAAAAAUCUUGCACCAGCCCAGCUGGUCUUUAGGCAUCUCCCAUAAUACAAUAUGGCAGCUCCAGCCUCUCUGAAGUGCUCCCUCCCAGCUCUACUGGCCCCACACCUGAGCCCCUUCCCGUGGUCGAGGUCGCUCCAAUGUCAUUUCCUCGUAAAACUCUCCCCCAGAGGUUGCUCUGAACCGAAUAGCGUGUGCAGAAAAAAAUGUGCGCGCUGGAAGCUCCGCGCGCAGGUUCAGGGUCACAGCUGGACCCCUGGGAAACGGCAGAGUGAGGCUAGGAUGAUUGACAGCCCUCUGGGACUGCUGAGCGGCAGGCGUGCUGGGAGAUUACGGACGCAAUACAGCCAACAGGUGGGACGCAGGCGCAGGGAAGAAGGGGUACGCAUGGUCCCCGAGACACGUAAAGGCUCUGCUGGCUGUCGAUGUUGAGGGACUCACUACCUGGUGGGAAGCAGCAGGGACACCUCCCGGGCUUGUGGUUGUUAGCGCAGGUUGCGGGGGACACCCGGCGGACUGCUCAAGCCCAUCCCACCUGUCCGGCAGGUGGAGGUGAGCUGCCACAGCCUGGGAACCAAAGCAGUCGGGACUUCUUCCCUUGGCCACUAGAGGGGACUCCUCCAGGUGAGCGCCAGGUCUCGGCCCUACGCUUCAAGCGAGCUUGGCGGCGCAGCCAAUUUUCUCAGGAUAUCCCGCCCAUCCCCUCCCGACAGCCACUCGCCUGCGCAGAAGCUCGGCCAGCUUGGGACUGGCAGACAGGGUGACGAAUCAAGUCUCGACCUUUGAAAGCAAAACACUGACAGCAGCCCCCUGGCAACUCGGAGCUGGGAAGGGAUCCAGGAGGCUGUACCUCGGGGUGGCACGGAGUGUCCCGGUCGCUUCUCCGGAACCUGGGAUAGGUGGAUCGAGAAGCAACACCGCGGAGCUUGGCCAGAGUCAGAAGACACGCCCUCGCCCUUCUGCUUGGGAGAGACACACGAGCUGCCUCUUUCUCGGGGAACCUGGGGAGAAGGCUGUGAAUCAAGCAAAAGAGCCCAGAGAACGCAUUUUGCUGAGGAAGAGACCUGGGAGGCUGCUGGAAGGAGGUGGACCCUGGGAGAGAUGGCUUCCAGUCUGCACCCUGCCUAGCAGCAGCCCCAGCGCCCGGCCAGGCAAGAUGUGCCACUAGACAGCCAUGGACGGGGCCCACAGCGCAGGCCUGCAGCUGCAGCAGCUCCCACCGACCAGCAGCUCCAUGAGCCUGAGCAGCAGCGAAGGCUCCUUCUCCUACAAGGAAAACUUGAUUGGCGCUCUCUUGGCGAUUUUCGGGCACCUCGUGGUCAGCAUCGCCCUUAACCUGCAGAAAUACUGCCAUAUCCGCCUGGCAGGCUCCAAGGACCCCCGGGCCUACUUCAAGACCAAGACAUGGUGGCUGGGACUGCUCUUGCUGCUGCUGGGCGAGCUGGGUGUGUUCGCCUCCUAUGCCUUCGCUCCGCUGUCCCUCAUCGUACCCCUCAGUGCCGUCUCAGUAAUAGCGAGCGCCAUCAUCGGAAUCAUAUUCAUCAAAGAAAAAUGGAAGCCGAAGGACUUUGUGAGACGCUACGUCUUGUCCUUUGUUGGCUGCGGUUUGGCGAUCGUGGGCACCUACCUGCUAGUGACAUUUGCACCCAAUAGUCACGAGAAAAUGACAGGCGAGAACAUCGCCAAGCACCUCGUGAGCUGGCCUUUUCUGCUGUACAUGCUGGUGGUGAUCGUCCUGUUCUGCCUGCUCCUGUACUUCUACAAGGAGAGGAACGCCAACAGCAUCAUUGUGAUUCUCCUCCUGGUGGCCUUGCUUGGUUCCAUGACGGUGGUGACGGUCAAGGCUGUGGCAGGGAUGCUGGUGCUGUCCAUCCAAGGCAACCUGCAGCUGGACUACCCAAUCUUCUACGUGAUGUUCGUGUGCAUGGUGGCCACUGCCAUCUAUCAGGCCACGUUUUUGAGUCAAGCGUCUCAGAUCUAUGACUCCUCCUUGAUCGCCAGCGUAGGCUACAUCCUGUCCACCACUGCGGCCAUCACAGCAGGUGCAAUCUUCUACCUGGACUUCCUCGGGGAGGAAGCUCUGCACAUCUGCAUGUUUGCACUGGGGUGCCUCAUCGCCUUCUUAGGUGUAUUCUUAAUCACUCGAAACAGGAAGAAGGCCAUUCCGUUCGAGCCCUAUAUUUCCAUGGACGCCAUGCCAGGGAUGCAGGACAUGCAUGCGAAAGGGACAACGGUCCAGCCUGACCUCAAAGCUUCUUUUUCCUACGGGGCCUUGGAAAACAAUGACAGCAUUUCUGAGAUCUACACCCCAGCCACACUGCCCGUCAUGCAGGAGGAGCAUAGCUCCAGAAGCACCCCUGGGGUUCCCUACCGUGUCCUGGAGCACACCAAGAAGGAGUGAUCUGCCUCCCUUGGGGGUGUACCUGCCCACAGGCCACUCACGGUUCCACUCUUUGUCCAACCUGCCUUUCAAGUAUCCCGGUUUUAAACUGAGAACUCUGCAAGAUGAUCUUGGGAGGCCCUUGUCUCUGACAGAGAAGCUGUUCAAUGACCUUGACCUUGGAGAUUUCAAAUAGUUGGGGAGUAUCCCAGGUGAGCUGUGUGGCAGGUUGGCCCAGUGGGGGCUGAAGCCGUUUUACCUCCUUGGACGGUCAGUGAGCAUCAGGUAGUGAUUGCAGGCUACCACGCGUUCCUUAGAGUAAAAACAUGACAGUCUGCUCCCUCUUGGCAAAUCCAGCAAAGUCGGUCUUCCGACACGCAUGCCUCAGCUCUACCUGGUUCACUCAUGAGUCCGUAGCUCUGACUGUAUUGGUGUCCCCCUUUGCCGGGCCCAGCAGGGCCAGCCCUGAGUGGAGCAAGAUGUCAUCUGCACCGUGGUGGUGUCCACGGGCCUUCCUUCUGUGAAGGCCUGGUGGGGAGUGUCUGCUGGGCCUGUUCUGAAAACCGGCUUGGUUCAAGUCCUGUGAAGAUGAUUUCAUUGUUUCCUCCAUCCAAAGAAGUCAAGAGGGCAGAGGGCAAGGGGGACAGGA